AUGGGGAGGAAGAGGCUCACCUGGUCGCCAUCAACGUCCAAAGAAGAAGCCGGAGAGUCGUGCAGCACGCCGUGCUCGACAGUGGCCAGCAAGGGCCACUGCGUCGUGUACACUGCCGAUGGUGUAAGGUUCGAGGUGCCUCUUGCGUUCCUCGGAACGACCGUCUUCGGCGAGCUCUUGAGGAUAUCCCAAGAGGAGUUCGGCUUCUCAGGCAUUGACGGUGGCAGAAUCACGCUGCCCUGUGACGCAUCGGUGAUGGAGUAUGCCAUGUGCUUGCUAAGGAGAAGCGCCUCCGCAGAGAUGGAGCCAGAAACACAAGAAACUACCAUGACGAGUGCCAAGACACUUGCUCGGCUGGCCAAGAAGUGGCAGAGGGUGGCGGCUAUGGGAAGGAAGAGGCUCACCUGGUCGCCAUCAACGUCCAAAGAAGAAGCUGGAGAGUCGUGCAGCACGCCGUGCUCGACAGCGGCCGGCAAGGGCCACUGCGUCGUGUACACUGCCGAUGGUGUAAGGUUCGAGGUGCCUCUUACGUUCCUCGGAACGACCGUCUUCAGCGAGCUCUUGAGGAUAUCCCAAGAGGAGUUUGGCUUCACAGGUGUUGACGGUGGCAGAAUCACUCUGCCCUGCGACGCAUCGGUGAUGGAGUAUGCCAUGUGCUUGCUCAGGAGAAGCGCCUCCACAGAGAUGGAGGCCGCGUUCCUCAACACCAUGGUGAUGCCAUGCCACUAUCAUGUGGCGCCACAUCUGGGAGUUGGCCAGCGAUUCGGUGUAUGCAGCUCCUGA